CUCGCGCUUGGUGACAGCUCGCGCGUGCUGAUGAUGGCGGGUUUUUAUGUUGCAUUGCCAUUUUCUGAUGAAGAUCUACAUUGUGAUUAAAUUCCUGAAGAACAGUUAAAGCUCCUAUUGCCUGAAAUGGGGAUGUUCCAGCCUCUGAUCAUUGAGUUGCGAGAAUAUUUUAAUAUGAAUCGGUUAAAGCGGAGGAGCUUUAUGUAAGACAUGGAUAGAUGCAAACAUGUUGGGCGGCUACGACUUGCCCAGGACCAUUCUAUUCUGAAUCCCCAGAAAUGGCACUGCAUGGACUGCAACACCACGGAAUCCAUUUGGGCUUGCCUAAAAUGCUCCCAUGUGGCCUGUGGAAGAUAUAUUGAGGACCAUGCACUUAAACACUUUGAAGAGACCCGGCAUCCUUUGGCUAUGGAAGUAAAUGAUCUCUAUGUGUUUUGUUACCUUUGUGAAGACUAUGUAUUGAAUGAUAAUCCCGAGGGUGACUUGAAAUUACUAAGAAGUUCUCUUUCUGCAAUUAAAAGUCAGAAGCAUGAUCCAUCUGCUAGAAGUGGUAGGACGCUGCGGUCAAUGGCUUUGGGGGAGGAUGUUUACAGCCAUCAGAGGGCCCCUCAGGGACGGCCUCAGAUGCUUACAGCUCUCUGGUACAGACGGCAAUCAUUGCUAGCAAAAGCACUGCGGACCUGGUUUGAUAAGAGUUCUAGAGGCCAGCGAAAGCUAGAACAAAAAAAGCAAAUGGAAGAACUGGAGAGGAAAAAGGAGGUGGCCAGGCAGCGUCGUCAAGAGAUGAAGAGGAGAUUGUUGGAGGAGCUGGCAAAUACUCCUCCAAGAAAAAGUGCCAGGCUUUUAUCACACAUUCGCAGAGAGAAUCUGAUUCCUCGGAAGUUCAGAGAUAUGGAAGCAAGUUCCCCUACCUCAAGACGAGUGCAGAGUAGCAAAUUCAAGCAGUUCUAUUCCAUCCGACGUAAGCCUCUCAUGACUCCUGGUGUGACUGGACUAAAGAAUCUAGGAAAUACGUGCUACAUGAACUCUAUCCUUCAAGUAUUAAGUCACCUCCAGAAGUUUAGAGAAUGUUUCUUGACGCUGGAUCUUUGUGAAACUGAAGAACUCUUAGCUAAGACCGUGAAUGGAAAGUCUAGAAUGUCUGGAAAGCUGGUCAAUGGGCCUGCUCCUACCGAGUCAGGGAGGAAUGAUCAGCUGGGUUCGUAUGGCAGGCAGAGCCUGCCAGCUGGCUUAAAUGGCGGGUCCUCAAUAAGCAAAAGUUUAGAACUAAUACAGCCUAAGGAGCCAAGUUCAAAGCACAUCUCUCUCUGUCAUGAACUGCACACGCUCUUCAGAGUCAUGUGGUCUGGGAAGUGGGCUUCAGUUUCUCCUUUUGCCAUGCUGCAUUCUGUGUGGAGUUUGAUUCCAGCGUUUCGAGGUUAUGACCAGCAAGAUGCUCAGGAAUUUCUCUGUGAAUUGUUGGACAAAGUGCAGCAGGAGCUGGAAUCUGAAGGAACGAAACGCAGGAUCCUCAUCCCUUUUUCACAGAGGAAGCUCACCAAGCAGGUCCUGAAGGUGGUAAACACCAUUUUUCAUGGGCAGCUACUCAGUCAGGUCACCUGUAUAACGUGUAACUAUAAAUCCAAUACUGUGGAACCCUUCUGGGAUCUUUCCCUGGAAUUUCCUGAACGCUAUCACUCCAUCAACAAAGGGAUUGUGCCUGUUAAUCAGACGGAGUGCAUGCUGACUGAAAUGUUAGCCAAAUUCACAGAAACCGAAGCUUUGGAAGGGAGGAUUUAUGCGUGUGACCAGUGCAACAGUAAACGACGGAAGUCUUCUCCCAAACCUCUUAUUCUAAGUGAAGCUAAAAAGCAGUUAAUGAUCUACAGACUACCUCAGGUCCUCCGGCUGCACCUUAAGCGAUUCAGGUGGUCUGGACGUAAUCACCGUGAGAAGAUUGGGGUCCAUGUCCUCUUUGACCAGGUAUUAAACAUGGAACCUUACUGCUGCAGGGACACUCUCUCCUCUCUUGACAAAGAGACCUUUGUCUAUGACCUCUCGGCUGUGGUGAUGCAUCACGGGAAAGGGUUUGGCUCAGGACAUUACACGGCAUAUUGCUACAACACGGAGGGAGGGUUUUGGGUCCACUGCAAUGACUCCAAACUGAAUGUAUGUAGUGUGGAGGAGGUAUGCAAAACCCAGGCCUACAUUCUUUUUUAUACUCAAAGAACUGUGCAGGGCAAAGCAAGUAUCUCAGAAACACAACUUCAAGCUCAGGUGCUGUCCAAACACAAUGAUAAAGAUAGAAGACUGACCCUCCCCUGAAAGGAAGCAUUACUGUUUCAAUCAACUGGCUCAUCUUUUUUAAAAGCCUUUAGAGUUCACUCAUCUUGGCAGGAACAAAUACUGUUGCAGGAAUUAUUUGGAUCCACAGUCUGGAAAAGUGGGCCUCCAUGUGCAACUCUGUUCUAUGAGAUUGUAGCAAAACAUCUAUUUUUUUUAAAGACUGAUGUAUUUGUAAACCCUUUCUUCCUCUAAACAAAACAAAGAGUAACAGCCUCCAAUGUUUAGGACCAUUUAUCUUCUUUCAAAGAGAAACCUAAUGUGGCAUGGAAAAGUAAGUGCAUCCAAACUUCAGUGUACAACCAGGAUAGAAAGCCAUCAAACUGACCAUAAAUACAUACAUUUCUCCAGAAAAGGAACAGAUAGGUACAGUAGAAUCCCAUUUAAUCUUUGCUCUAUUGAUGUGGUGAACAGUUGUUGCACCUCUUGGUACCAUCUUUCUAAUCCAACAUAAUUUGGGGAAGUGGAAUUGUGCUGUACAAAAACAAUGCUAGGAUAUUUUACAUUAUGAACACGUACACAUAAGCCUUGUUAUUUUGUGUAACAGGCAUGCUGUCUUUUGCCCCCUGCAGUCAUUCCAUUCUGUUGGAGUGAACAAAAGCUGAAAUUUUCUAGAAAUCUGAAGGAUGUCACACACUUCAAUUUCUGAAAAAAAGUGCUAAAAAUUACAGAAACUACUUUUCUCUUUCCCUUUUAUUUUUUAGCAUCUGCUGAUAAGCUAAAUGCUGUCUACACAGUCUGCAUUUCCUCUGUAAUGAUUACAGUUAUUAUGGGAUAGCCAUGACUGUCAAAGCUUUCAUUAUGAAUUGGCUAUUACAUGAUGAUCAAGGCAUGAAUUGGUCACAAGAAUCAACCCAGUUUUAAAAUGGAGGGUUAGGUUUUCUUUUCAUCUGCUUUCAAAACAUAUCUUUACCUAAGUGCGUAAUAACUUCUCAUGUGCAAAGAAUGUUCAGGGAUGUAGCCGCCAUCACACAGAUAAAGAAAGAAUAGGCCCUGACUAACAAUGACCUGAAUUUCAUGACUACCAUUCCAGUCAAUUUUCCCUGCUUAGUGUUUUUGGGCAGUGGGUGUUCAGAGUCAUAAUUGAAAGGAGAUUGUUUCUACCUAAAAUACAGAAGGGAGAUAUUCAUCCUCUUCUCUUCCCUCACCCCCAGUUCUUGGAGCCUUAGAGACAUUGUUCACAUGUAAUUGCAGAAAUUUAGCUUCAAAUUGACAUUCUGCGUGAUUACUUUAGCAUACCAGGGUUACAUGCAUGUGAUCAUUUCAACAUGAUUUUAAAUAUCAAUAAUAUGCCCAUCUUUGUUGGUUGGUUAGAACUGUUUUUGACCUUUUGUGAUUGCCACUGUUGCAGCUCUAAGAAAGGGUGUACUUAAAAAACUGAAUGGCUGAAUGACUUACUGCUUUUGAACUAGGAAAUAUUGAUUGGCUGCAUAAAAAACUCACUUUGUUCACCUAAUGAAGGUAAAGAACAUGAAAUAUAGAUACUUUUUGCUGGGUGUGAAAUUAGACUUGGAGGUUUUUUUUUGUUUUUGCCACUGCCCUAUCAGGAAAGCAUAUCUCUGAUUGCUCAUAGUUAAAACUUGGAAAAAGUAGCUGCAGCCUCAUUAUAAAGCCAGUGGUGUUUUACCCAGUUGAUAGAAGCUGAGCUUCAUAAAAUAUGAUAAAUCUAGGCUUGUAAAUUGUAAGGAUUAGAUAUCCAUGUGUGCUGCCACUUGGUUCCUCUAUUACAACAAACCAUCUGUACUUCCCUAAACACUUUCAGAGAAAAGCACAGGACUUCUCACAAGUCAGGAAGAUCCUGUCUCCUUCCUAUGACUAGCUGGUCAAAAACAUGCA